AAGUUCCAAGUUCCAAGAUCGAAGGUUGUGACGUCAUCAUGGCCUAGUGAGACCCUGUAAACUAAAUAUUUCCCCUAAUAACUCGCUCUGUGGAUGGUCGGCGGAGACUGUGAUAGCUUCAUGAUCAAGAGCGACAUUCACCGAGGAUACAGAUAACGCCAGAGAGGCCAUAGCGAGGUUGAGGAAGGGCCAGAGGGAGUGAAAUAUGUCCCGUCAUGAUGGUACGUCUCAGUGGGCUAGUUCAUGGCUAAAAUAAUACUCAGUCCCUUCUGUUUGGUACGUUUUCUGCGUCGUAAGUGCCUCGUCCGUGACACACCCACACCCGGGGAGCAAUGAGUCUGCAGUCAGGUGUGAGCUGUGAUGCAUGUUUGAAGGCCAAUUUCCGCGGGCGGCGGUACAAGUGCUUGAUAUGUUACGACUAUGACCUGUGCUCCGCUUGCUACGAAGCCGGGGCGACAACCACACGCCACACUACAGACCACCCCAUGCAAUGUAUCCUCACCAGGCAUGACUUUGAUGUGUACUAUGGGGGUGAGGCGCUGUCAGUGGACCAGCCUCAAAGCCUGACGUGUCCUUUUUGUGGUAAGAUGGGCUACACCGAGACCUCGCUUCAGGACCAUGUCACGGCGGAUCACCCUGAUACACCCUAUGAAGUGGUGUGUCCCAUCUGUGCAUCAGUGCCUGGCGGUGACCCCAACCACAUGACGGAUGAUUUCGCUGCUCACCUCACCCUUGACCACCGCUCAGGGGCACCCAGGGACCUCGAUGAGCCAUCAAUCUCUCGCCACGGUGCCCGCAGGAUACCUCACCAGGGACGAGGCAUCAGCAGAGGUGUGGCCCGUAGAAAUAUGACUUUCGGGAGUGUGAGUAGUGGGCUGUUCUCUCCGUCAUCCCGGGAGUCCAUGGACCCCAUCGCAGAGCUCCUCUCCCAGCUAUCGGGAGUGCGUCGAGCCACGGCGGCCGGUCUCCGUCAGCAGCUGGAGCGCCUGCCCAGACGUGGGGGAGCUAGCAGCAGCGGUGGUGGCGGUGGCAGCGGCGUGAGCAGUGGCGGCGGCAGUGGUGGUGGCGGAGGCGGAGGAAGCAGCGGAGGGGGAGGUGGUGGUGGCGGUGGCGGUGGGGGAGGAGUGGGAGGUAGUCACAGUGGUGGCAUGAUCAGCAUCAGCUCCAGCAACACCGCCAACGUGGUCACCGCACACCACCAGCCGCCGCCGCUGCUGGUUCACUCCAGCCCUCACACGCAGGCACAGUCACAGUUCCUCCUUUCAAGGCUCGGAGACAGUGAGAGUGACAGUGAGGGGAGCGGUGGUAGUGGUGGCGGCAGCAGUGACCGGGCAGCCUUCGUGCAGGAGUUGCUGCUGUCAACACUGUGUGAACUGAGCCUUAGUCCAGGGGGUCUUGAGGAGGCUUUCUCACCCCCCUCCUUCCUGCAGCAGCUGGGUGGGGGCAAGGGGACUUUCAAGGGAGGGGUAGAUGCCUCCAAGGCUGGCACUGAUAAGGCCAAGGUGUCAUCAUCUAAUGUUAGCACCCAGACCCCUUCCCCUGCCACGCCUCCCCCUGUUAGCAGCACCCCUGUCCCUUCCCUGCAAACCAAUCCCCAGCACCCAGCACCCCAGUCCAAGGCCCCCAGCAGUGGCGUCAAGCCCGUCAAGGGAGCCAAAGGGGUGAUGGUGGGCCGCUCUAGUCCUGGGAGUCAGCAGCAACAGCAGCAGCCCCAGCCUCAGCCUCCCCCCCAGCAGCAGUCAAAUGGUGGAGGGGUGGUAUCACGGCCACUCACGGGGACGGGAACGGUGGCCGUAUCCCCUGUGGGGGGUCCCGGGCGGGGGCGGGGGGGCUCAGCGGGGGCGGUUUCUCCCGGGUCAGCCCGCAGGAAGCUGGCCCGAGGGGUGGAAGGACGGGCCACGGAGCCGCCCCCGCCCCACUAGUGCCCCCAGAAUCUAGUCCAGCACCAGGGGGCCUUCCCGACGCCGCCAACGAAGCUUGCCCCUGCCCCCACCCCUGCCCUCCCUGCCACCCAUGCACCUGCCUGUGACAGCUGCUCAGCCCCACCAUUGCUCACUCCAGGACUGCUCAGCCCAGCAGUGUGUAGCAGCAGCUAUGUGCUGAGAAUUGUAACCACUGAGUGGUGGAGUGUGUGUGUGCCGGGACAGGCUGUGCUGGAGUGAGCUGUACCUAUACAGACCAUGCCAUCGUGGGCUGUGCUGGGAUUGGUUACCUCAGAAUGAGCCAUUCUAGAACAGGCUGUUCUUGGAUGGGCCAUGCUAGGGGGGGCUGUGCUGGGAUGGGUUACUUCUGAGACGGCCACGCUAGAACAGACUACUGGGAUGGCUCAGGCUAGAGUGCCCUAUACCAAGAUGGCUGAUAUCAGAAUGGGGCAUAUAUGAUGGGCCAUUCUAGAGUGAACCAUUCUGGGAUGGGCCAUUCAUGCAGGGUGUGCAUGAAGAGGGUGGGGCUUGCUGGUGCCAAGAAAAUAGUGUACAUAGAACAUGCGGUUGAUGCAUGUCGGGUUGCUGUGUAUAAAAGAUGUUCAGGCCUUCAUAAUACUGCAUAGCUUUACCCUAACCAUUCAUGAAAUCACAUUUAUUGGCAUUGUCCUCUCAGUACUGUUUCCUUCUGCCAUCAUUGAUAACCAGAAUCACUCACAACUUUUUCUUGUACAUUAUAUAGUUAAAUUUUGAUCAUUAGGUUUGAUUUCUUUUCAUUAAUGUGUUUGCUGACAUUUUGAAAUAUUUUGUCUCAAAAUAGUGUUUGAAAUAUUUAUGAAAUUGUAUUUUUUGUUGCAAAUUACAUAACAGUAAUAAUUCUUAUUGUAGAGCUUUCCUUUGCUUUGGUAAAAUGAUUUUUAAUCAUUUAUACCCACAGCCUAGCAGGAGAUAAAAAGCAGGUCAGUUGACCCACACUCUUAUUGACACCCUAACCAUUACACCUGGUCCAUCACCUUGCCAGAAGGCUGUGCUAGUCACAGACACACAGACAGGCCCUUGAGAGGCUUAUGAUUAGCAUUCAGCACCACCACCAGCCAGGGUCAUCGAGCUGCUGUCUUACCUAAAACAGGAAAAUUAUAUAGUGUGAUACCUCUGAUCAACGCAAAAUAUUAUGAUGCACGGGGCAGUUGCAAUCCCUGUUUUAAAGGGGUAGAGCUCUUCCCUGGUAGUGUUGAAGUAUCCAUUGGACUGUCUUAUGCUAGGCUGCAUAGUGAUGUUUUCUUAGUGCACUUAACUAAUUCUUAAAGUGGAUAAACAUGGUAGACUCAGAAGCACUUUUCAGUAGCAUUGCAGCAUAAGUUGAGCUGAAAUGCAUUAACAUUUUUGGGAAUGUUUAUGGAAUCAAACUUAUAUGUUGUUCAAGCUCAUCUUCUUUUUUUUUUUUUAUUGUAUAAGUGCAGAUCUUUGUGAUAAGAUCGGUAUGGGCUAUACAUGUCUUGAUAGUCAAUAUUUUCUAAUUGUGUAUGUGCAGUACAUCAGAUAUAAUUAUUUAGGACUAGCCAAGUUCCCAAGACUUGGUGAACAAACCUUAGAACAUGCAGCGUGAUGGGACCCAGUGCCAGCUGAAGCCUGGGAAAGGCUUAUUUAGAGCGUCUAUCGCGGCGCCUUGACUUGUAUUGAGAAGUGAGCUUUAUGCCAUUGUAUUAAAGAUUUAUAGCUGGUUGAUGAAAAUGCUGCAGGAGUCAAAUGAUAUGCAGUCCACAGAGAGGGCUUGGCAUGAAAGAGAAGCAUUGCACAAGGAACACCAUCCAGCUUCAACUCAUGGGUCCAUAUUAUAACCACAAGUUGCAGAGAGAACAGCUUCUAGACUGAAGGUUAUUCAACAUGGCUGAGAUAAUACUUGAUGUUAUCUUUUGAGCCAACAAAACUAGAUAACAUUUAUGUUACAGCUUUAAUAAGCCACUGAGAUAACACUGCAAGUUAUCUUUUGAGAAAGUAAAACUAGAUAACAUUUAUGUUACAGCUUCAAUAAGCCACUGAGUUCACCAGUUACUGAAGAGUGUUGCAUAUGUUUGCUUCGUACCUCAAGCUCAAUAAGUUCUGUCUUUGAAUUCAUGAGAGGAAGGGAAUCCUUGGACCUACUGUUACACCAUAAUACUGAUUCUGAAGAAAGUGGUGAAGGUAGUUCACCUUUUUUCAAGUGCUAGCUUAUUGAUAUAGAUUUUGAUAGCUAUAUAGGUCUAAAAGAAUAAGAUCACAGCUUAUAACCACACACAGGUUUAAUGCUUGUCAAUCUUAAUUAUUUCACACCUACUGCUGCAGACACUCCUAGGAGGCUCUUUAUGACAUAAUGUUGACUUAAUGCACAACACAUCUAAACAUCUGGGGUCCCACACUGACCAUCUUCCACAGUGUGUGUGUGUGUGGGGGGGGGGGGGGGGGUCAUGAUGUACUUGUGUGAUUGUUGCUUGUUUGAUGGGCCGCUGGAGUCUUGUCCAGUUCACUUUUGAGUUCCAUGCUGCGUAGAUCUACUUCAACGAAUCGGUGCGUUAAGUGCAGGGAUGGAGUAAAUGCAAGGAUUAGUAUUCAUUGGUGAUUUGGAACCCCUCAAAUUUCUAAGAAUAUAAAUAUGAAUACAAAGAAAUACUGCAAAUUCAAAUGGCAAUAUGAAUACUUCAUGAAAGUAUUUUAAAGUGUUAAAAAUAAAAAGUUAUUCUUGCAAUAAUUCAGCAUUUCAAAGUUAUGAUGUAGUGAAAAGACUUCAUGAGCAGUAAAUAGUGACUGGUACCAAUAUUCAAAGCAGGGAUGUCACACCUACCCUAAGUACAGCAGAGUCUGUGGGUGAAAAGUCAGCCUCACACUGACUAGUUGCCAAUUUACCUCACCUGUAUGCACUCGGUACCAACUACUGACGUCGAAGGAACACUGGACACGGCGAGUGAGUAACACUAACUCAAAUGUGCUCGACAUGUUCAGCAACAUCAACUCCAUACGAUUUGCUAUAGUAAGGCUCUGUCAAACCACACUUCAUAGCAAGCCGUAAUACGUCUGUGAUCAAACUGAAGUUUGCAGUCAAAUUGACAUGGAUAAUAAAUAUGAUUGUUUGCCAGAUUAUUUGCCAAAUACAAUUAUUUUCCCCAAGCAUUCAAAUAUGAAUAGGAGUACUUUGAAUUUUAAUAACAAGAAUGAAUAUGAAUAUAUCUGGAUACUGUAUUCGAAUACGAAUGCUCCAUCCCUGGUCGCAUGAUGUGUGUAGAAUGCUGAUACACUUUUCCAGCAUUGAGUGGUGACAGGCAGGUGAGGGAUUUACUUUAGCUGAUGAAAGCAGUAAUGAUUGGCUUGAUGCUUCCAGUGUUUUGUGUGUCCGCAUGUAUAGAGGAUUAGUUUGUGUCACCUGCCCGACUGACAGCAGGUGUAAGAAUGGUGUGUUUGUGUGUGUGUGUGUGUGUGUGUGAGAUCUGUGAUGGUUUGUAGUGGGGGGGCCUUGGGGGAUGGCUGCAUGCACCCAGGGGAGGUGGCUGGCUGUCCAUCCCGUGCUGUGGGCGGCCUUACAUCAAUGGUCUUUCAGGAGGAAUGUGUGUGCCAGGUCAGAUGCGUGCUUGCUGGCAAGGGUUCAGUUGUUAGUGCUGUACAGAUUGUACUUAGCUCUCUUGUUUGAGUUCAGAUAGAGUCUUUAGGCCUAUAUAUUAGAGAGGUGCCUGUGUGUAUGAACUAUUGGUUAAAGUUGUUUGCAGUUAUACAAACUGAUGUAUGAUCCUGAAUAAAAUCUCUGGUCCUAAGAGUGUCCUAAGAGUGCCACUGAUGGUGUGUUUGGCAAGUGUUGAUGACUUUCAGUGAGUGCCAUCCUUGCCCUGGACACUGGCUCUGCAUGGGAGUGUGUGACAGUUGAAACGCCACUAAAUGGCAGUUACUGAUGCUAGGAGUGUGCUGUGUGAUAGAUGGAACUGAUUUGUGUAUUUAGAAAUUAAUUAUUUUGUUUCCUAAUCAACUUCGUAUUUAGUCCUGUAUCAGUUUGGAAUUAUUAAGGGGUCCAUUGUGAUUUUAAAGUCUUCAUCACCUGCAUAAUUGUCCCUUGAAUAUGAUAAUGGAUGAAGUGUCAUUUUAGGUUUAGUUUUGAGUUGUGAUCACGUGCAGCAUUGGCAUGUGAGGGUCUUGCCCAUAACAAUAACAGCAAGAACAACAACAACACUAUCUGGGAGUCAUGUUGGUGGAGGGCACAUGUGCUUUGAGGAACACCUGCUGUGGAGCUGUAACAUAGCUGCUGUGUACUGUACUUUCAUUUCAGGUGAAGUCUGUUUUUAAUGUAAAUAAUACUGCAGAUUGAUUUUCCCUGCCAUGCUGUCACCUAUCCGUAUUUGAAAUUGUAUUAUUGUAGGAAUGCUACAGCAAAAUUCUUUGUACAUAGAUGCAAUGCAUAUAUUGAACACUAUUGAUAAUCAUAUGGGAGCAAUGUUGAUAUGAUCACUUUAAGCCAAAUGAAAAAAUGUUUAAUAGAACUCUAUCAGGAAAUAAAAAAUGUGACUAAAUGUCAAUCAGUCUUUGUCAUGCCAUCUCAUAAACAAACAAUUACGAUAUAGAGAAAAAUGAAAGAAAACGAAAUUAUAUAAAAUGUAAUGGCAAUGUGUAGGUAAGCAUUCUUGGACAUAAUAUAUUUAGUUGCAGAGGUGAGGGACAGGUGUGUGGGCAGGUGAGGUCAUGAAGGGGGCGGUCAGCAGGUGUGGAGAGACUGGGUCAACACAGGGCAGGGAUGUGUACAGGUCACAGCUUGAGAUAGGUUAUGAUAAAGUAAAUUUCUCUCUCUCUCUCUCUCUCUCUCUCUCUCUCUCUCUCUCUCUCUCUCUCUCUCUCUCUCUCUCUCUCUCUCUCUCUCUCUCUCUCUCUCCCCUUGAGCGUACUCGAAGGUGGAGUCUUGGGAAAGUGGAUAAUAAUGUACUUAAUAAAAACUGAUCGUUAUCUUGUUAUCAUAUUCCAUGCCAUACCAAACCAGUGACUGACAGAUUCGAGAACUUUAGUAAGAUUUUUGAACCAGCUUGAUAUUUAUUUGAUAGCCUAAUAUGUUCAACAACCCUCUAACUCAUCCAUGUCCAGCUACACCACGCCCAUUUCCUAUCAUACCAUGGCACGUUACUAUAUAGAGGAACGAAGCAGAUCAUCAUUAAUAGCGUGAAUAAGAGGUUGUUAUUAAGCAGGCUGAUUCUGUUAUUAUUAUUAUUAUUAUGGUUAGGGGUGAGUGCAUUUUUUGUCCUUGGGAUGUGGCUUUGUUUAUGUCAGUUUGUUAACACACUUAUACACUUCAGCUGUUAUUAGAGAAAAAAGUCACAAAUGCACACUAUAGGGUCUUCAUUUAUGCUUUAUACGUGAAUGCUGUAGUGUAAUUAGUGGUUUCGCAUUACUAUUAUUAUUAUUAUUAUUAUUAUUAUUAUUAUUAUUAUUAUUAUUAUUAUUAUUAUUAUUAUUACUAUUAGUUCCUGUUCCUUAUCUCCCAGCUGCCGAUAUAAAGCGAGUGACAGUUUCGUGUGGCGUGACUAAACCUCAUUAUUUCUGGUGGCGCGGCGCCCCCCUCCCGUGGGUGGGGGCCGCGUGGUGACCUGGUGAUCUAUAAGCUUGUGCCGCGCGCAUUACCAUCUUGUGAAGAAAGCUGUUGUGAUUUUUUUUUUUACACUGGUGAAACUAUGCUAAUUUGGUGUGUCAGAUACAUUAUUCCUACCUAACUUGUGUUGAUCGAUGGAAUAAAUAUUGUUUUUUUGGCA